ACUUUUUUUUUGGGUGCCUCAGCCGCGACCCCUCCGCGCGGAUGUCCCCAUUCCCCGGAGCGACAGCAGCCGCUUCCUAACCUGGAAAGAGGAAUGCCAGCUCCUGAGCAGACCCCUUUGGUGGAGGAGGGGCUGCAACAAACUAGCCAGGAAGCCUCUACAGACCCAGGCAUGGAACCAGAAACUACAGCCACUACCAUUCAUGCCUCUGUGAAGGAGCAGGAGCUUCAGUUUCAACGACUCACCAGAGAGCUGGAAGUGGAAAGGAAAAUUUUUGCUAGUCAGCUAGAAAGAUGUAGGCUUGGAGCAGAAUCACCAAGCAUUGCCAGCACAAGCUCAACUGAAAAGUCGUUUCCUUGGAGAUCAGCAGAUGUGCCAAAUACUGGAGUAAGCAAACCUAGAGCUUCUGACACUGUCCAUCCCAAUAUAUAUCUUAUCAGGACAGAAGCAGAACAAGGGACUCUUUAUUCACCAGAGCAGACAUCUCUCCAUGAAAGUGAGGGGUCAUUGGGAAACUCAAGAAGUUCAAGACAAAUGAAUUCUUAUUCUGACAGUGGAUACCAGGAAUUAGGUAGUUUCCACAAUAGCCAGAACUUGAGCAAGCCAGAUAAUAGACAACAGCAUUCAUUCUUAGGCUCAAGUAAUAACCAUCUGGUGAGAAAUUCAAGAGCUGAAGGACAAACUUUAGUCCAGCCUUCUGCAAAUAUUACCAGUCGAACCAUGAGAAGAGUUAGUUCUGUUCCAUCUAGAGCACAGUCUCCUUCUUAUGUUAUCAGUACGGGCAUUUCUCCCUCAAGGGGGUCACUGAGAACUUCUUUGGGUAGUGGAUAUGGCUCUCCAUCAGUGACUGACUCCAGACCCCUGAAUUCAAAUGUGUAUUCAUCUACUACGUUACCUGCCCAGCGAGCAGCAUCUCCAUAUGCCACACAGAGACCUGCUUCUCCCACAGCCGUACCACAGGUUGGUUCAGUCACAUCAAGGCAGACAACUAACCCCAAUGGAACAGCUUCUCAAUAUCAAACAGCAGUUAGAGUGGGUUCACCUCUAACCCUGACUGAUGCACAGACUAGGGUAGCUUCUCCAUCCCAUGCCCAGGUAGGCUCAUCUUCCCCAAAACGCUCUGGAAUGACUACAGUUCCACAACAUCUUGCAUCAUCAAUACAAAGAACUAUUCAUGAUAUUGAACAAUUUGGACAACAACAAUAUGAUAUUGAGAGGAUGGUUCCACUUCGUCCAGACAGUCUCACAGGCUUGAGAAGUUCCUGUGCUAGUCAGCAUAGCCAGCUUGGACAAGAGCUGCAUUCUGCUGUAUCUCCUGACUUGCACGUCACUCCUAUAUAUGAAGGGAGAAUUUAUUAUAGUCCUAUAUAUCGUAGUCCAAAUCAUGGAACUGUUGAACUCCAAGGGUCCCAGACAGCAUUAUAUCGCACUGGAUCAGGUGUUGGAAAUCUAAAAAGGUCAUCCAGUCAGCGAAGCACUCUUACAUACCAAAGAAACAAUUAUGCUCUAAAUACAACAGCUACCUAUGCGGAACCCUAUAGGCCAAUGCAGUAUCGAAUGCAGGAGUGCAAUUAUAACAGACUUCAGCACACAGCACCAGCUGAUGAUGGAACAACCAGAUCACCAUCCAUAGAUAGCAUUCAAAAAGAUCUCAGGGAAUUUGCUUGGCGUGAUCCUGAAUUGCCUGAAGUCAUUCACAUGCUACAACAUCAGUUUCCAUCAGUUCAAGCAAAUGCAGCGGCCUACUUACAACAUCUGUGCUUUGGAGAUAACAAAGUGAAAACUGAGGUAUGUAGAUUAGGAGGAAUCAAAUAUCUGGUUGACCUUUUGGAUCACAGAGUUUUAGAAGUUCAAAAGAAUGCUUGUGGUGCACUACGAAAUCUUGUUUUUGGAAAAUCUACAGAUGAAAAUAAAAUAGCAAUGAAAAAUGUUGGUGGGAUACCUGCCCUGUUGAGAUUGUUAAGAAAAUCUAUUGAUGCAGAAAUAAGGGAACUUGUAACUGGAGUUCUCUGGAACUUGUCUUCAUGUGAUGCAGUAAAGAUGACAAUCAUUUGAGAUGCUCUAUCAACUUUAACAAACACUGUGAUAGUUCCACAUUCUGGGUGGAAUAAUUCUUCCUUUGAUGAAGAUCAUAAAAUUAAAUUUCAGACUUCACUAGUUCUACGUAACACUACUGGUUGUCUGAGAAAUCUCAGUUCAGCUGGUGAAGAAGCACGGAAACAAAUGAGGUCCUGCAAAGGCUUGGUGGAUUCCCUGUUAUAUGUGAUCCACACAUGUGUGAACACUUCUGAUUAUGACAGCAAGACUGUGGAGAACUGUGUGUGCACAUUGAGAAACCUGUCAUUAUUAGAAUUAGAAGUACCUCAGGUACGACUGCUGGGAAUAAAUGAAUUGGAUGACUUGUUGGGAAAAGAAUCUCCCAGCAAAGAUUCUGAACCAAGUUGUUGGGGGAAAAAGAAGAAGAAGAAAAAGAGGACUCCGCAAGAGGAUCAAUGGGAUGGAGUUGGCCCUAUACCUGGAUUUUCUAAGUCUCCUAAAGGUGUUGAAAUGUUAUGGCAUCCAUCUGUAGUAAAGCCAUACCUAACACUUCUAGCAGAAAGUUCCAACCCAGCUACUUUAGAAGGUUCUGCAGGAUCGCUCCAGAAUCUUUCUGCAGGAAACUGGAAGUUUGCUGCAUAUAUACAAGCUGCUGUCUGAAAACAAAAAGGUCUUCCUAUUCUUGUAGAACUUCUGAGAAUGGACAAUGAUAGAGUUGUGUCUUCUGUGGCAACUGCUCUGAGGAAUAUGGCAUUAGAUGUUCGUAACAAGGAGCUUAUAGGUAAAUAUGCAAUGCGAGACCUAGUAAAUCGUCUGCCAGGAGGCAAUGACCCAAGUAUCUUGUCUGAUGAGACCAUGGCAGCAAUCUGCUGUGCUCUGCAUGAGGUCACCAGUAAAAACAUGGAGAAUGCCAAAGCCCUGGCUGACACUGAAGGAAUCAAAAAACUAGUGAACAUUACCAAAGGGAGAGGAGACAGAUCAUUCCUCAAAGUGGUGAAAGCAGCAGCCCAAGUAUUGAACACAUUAUGGCAAUAUUAGGACCUGCGGAGCAUUUAUAAAAAGGAUGGAUGGAAUCAAAAUCAUUUUAUUACACCUGUAUCAACAUUAGAGUGUGAAAGAUUCAAAUCACACACUUCCCUCUCGACAACCAACCAACAGAUGUCACCUAUCAUUCAGUCAGCAUCCACAGCUGUAUUAUAGCCAAGAUGACUCCAACAGAAAAAACUUCGAUGCAUACAGAUUGUAUUUGCAGGCUCCUCAUAGCUAUGAAGACCCUUAUUUUGAUGAUCGAGUUCACUUUCCAGCUUCUACUGAUUACACAACACAGUAUGGACUGAAAUCAACAACGAAUUAUGUAGACUUUUAUUCCACUAGAUGACCUUCUUAUAGAGCAGAACAGUAUCUGGGGUCACCAGACUCCUGGGUGUAGCAUCAUGAAGCUCAGUAGAGGAAUUCUUUUCUUCCUAACCAUGUUUCAGGUAAGAUGGAGAGAAAAACGUUUGCUUAUUUGAUGGUGAAACAUGCAAGUGAAAUGGAAAAAACAAGGGGAAGAGGUGUUUUGUUUUCCUUUAAGGAAUUAUCAGAAAAGUGAGGAAAGCGUUGGAAGAGAACUUUGUAGCUCUGCUUAGGUAUUAGUUCUAAUUUCCUUGAAGUUCCUGUAGUGUGGUGAAGGUGUCGGCAAUGUGAUGAAAGAUUGAGAAAUGGGAAAAAUGAGUGGGGAGAAUGUGUAGAUCAAAUCAAAUUACAGAUGAUUUUUAUGUGAAUAAAGUCAUGUUCUGAUAGUUUGUACAGAAAAAAAAAUGGAUGCCCUUAUUUUAU